AGAGAGAGAGAGAGAGAGAGAGAGAGAGAGAGAGAGAACGCAAGAAGGGGCUUUUGCCGCUCAGCUUCAGAUCAGACUUUUAAGAGAGGUUCAAAAUCAGGAAUAAAAGUUGCUUUAUCAAAUAAUCAAAUACUUAAUUUAGUUUGUUAUUUUGAGGAGGAAGAGAGACGUUACGUACGGUUGGUCACCGGUUUUGAUUUAUCCUGGUAAUGCGCAGAGCGUGCAAGAAAGAGAGAAAAGGGUGUUGGGUUUGGUACCUCUUUCGCUGUUUCAGAGAUUCAGGGUCGAGCAAUCGCCUUGCACUUCGGACUUGCUCGUUAAAAUCCCAUUUCAAUUCUAAAUUUUCGUUUCUUCUGGUCCUUUGAGACUUGAGAGAGAGAGAGACAGAGUGAAAGAUUUAAGAAUGGACAGCCUGUGUUUCAAAGCAGGGAUUCAAGCGGCGGGGUUCUCCUCGCCCAUAUCUGCCGUCGGAGCUGUCGAGGGUCGGUCGCAUCCGGUGCAUUUCUGCGCUCUGGGCCGUGCCACCAACUCCGAUGGAAUUUCUCUGGAGAAUUCGACCGCCACCGUUGCGCCUCCUCAAAGACCCUCUUCGUCCUCGAGGUUUUCCUUUACGUACCCUUUUAUAUCUCUCUGGCACAGUGCUGGGACUGGGGAACCCAAUGGCGGUGCCGCCCGCGACGAUGCUGUUGUUAUCGUCGGGAAUGGACACGACAAACAAUUAAUUGCCGGUGAUGGGGACCACAACGGUAACGGUGAUGAGGACGAGCCCAUGACGUCCGGUGAUAACCCGGAAAGUUGGGUCUUGAAAAUUCUUCAUGUCAGGUCUCUGUGGUCGGAACAGGGUUACUCUAAUGUUGAGAAAUUAGGGGGGCGAGAGGAGGAGAACAUUGACGACGAUGCGGUGAGCAGUCGAAGCCGCGGAUGUUCUUGUUGCCAUGACGGGGAUUCUGGAGUUUGUAGUGUUGAUGAAGAGGAGAAGCAAGAGAAGGCUGAGCAGCAAGAGAUCAAAUUUGAUAGGGAUUCUUUCUCCAGGUUGCUCCGCCGGGUGUCCUUGGCAGAAACCAAGUUGUACGCUCAAAUGUCUUACUUGGGGAACUUAGCUUAUUCCAUACCCCAAAUCAAGCCAGGAAAUCUCUUGAAAUAUCAUGGACUGCGUUUUGUUACUUCAUCACUAGAGAAGAAAAUGCAGUCAAAAAAUGUUGAAAAAGAGGAGACCAUAGCUAAAGUUCAAGAAACAGAAAGGCCGGUAGAAGCAUCAGAAGCUGAGGAGCAGAUAAAGAAGAAUGAACACCAAAUAAGUGCAUUUGCUGCCUAUCAGAUUGCUGCAUCUGCUGCUUCCUAUUUGCAUUAUCAAACAAAGAGCAUUCUUCCUUUUAAAUCUGCAAAGGCUGAAACAGAGGAAGACUCUCCCAGAGAUGGAGGGGCUACUGACAACAUUGAAAUAACAAGCUCAGAGGUGGCUUCUUUUGUGGAAACUACCAACUCAUUAACAGCAGUGGUUGCAGCAGAGGAGGAAACAAAGCAAGCUGUUGCAAAAGAUUUGAACUCAGCACAUUCAUCCCCCUGUGAGUGGUUCAUAUGUGACGAUGACCAGAGUGGGACGAGAUUCUUUGUUGUUCAGGGAUCAGAAUCAUUGGCUUCAUGGCAAACAAAUCUACUCUUUGAGCCCAUUCAGUUCGAGGGACUAGAUGUACCCGUGCACCGGGGGAUCUAUGAAGCUGCCAAAGGUAUGUAUGAACAGAUGUUACCUGAAGUCCUUGCCCACCUCAAGUCUUGUGGUGAUUCUGCAACCUUCCGCUUCACCGGGCAUUCUCUUGGGGGUAGCUUGUCAUUGCUUAUAAGUCUCAUGCUUUUGAUACGUGGUGAAGUCCCACAAUCCUCGUUACUUCCUGUUAUAACAUUUGGUGCCCCAUCUAUCAUGUGUGGAGGGGAUCAGCUGCUGCACAAGUUGGGCUUGCCGCGGAGUUAUGUUAAAGCAAUUACUAUGCACCGAGACAUUGUACCCCGAGCCUUCUCUUGCAACUACCCUGAUCACGUGGCUGAAUUUCUCAAAGCUGUUAAUGCCAACUUCCGUAACCACCCAUGUCUGAACAACCAGAAAAUGUUGUAUGGGCCCAUGGGAGAGCUUCUGAUCCUACAGCCAGAAGAAAAGUUCUCUCCACAACACCACCUCCUCCCAUCUGGUAGUGGUCUAUACCUUCUACAAGGCCCCAUGUCAGAUUCAUGUGAUACAGAGAAGCAACUCUGGGCUGCACAGAGUGUGUUCUUGAACUCGCCUCACCCACUUGAGAUUCUUAGUGACCGAUCAGCUUAUGGCUCUGAUGGCACCAUUCACAGGGACCAUGACAUGGAUUCCUACUUCAAGUCUGUGCGUAAUGUGAUCAGACAUGAGCUCAACCUCAUUAGGAAGGCUAAAAGGGAACAGCGCCGCAAAAUGUGGUGGCCCCUUGUGGCUCCUCACAGCAUCCUCGCAGGUAUCGUCAUGGACAAUCAUGUGGCAUCGGGAUACAUGGGUCAUCACCAGCCCAACUUGUCUGGUAUCUUCAGGAAUGGGAGGCAAACAUUGAAGCGGCUCAGUAGGUUGAUUGAAUCACAGCAUAUGCCUUUGCUUCUUGUGCUUCUAUUCCCUGUGCGGUUAUUACUGUUGGGGACAUAUACCCUGAUCAAUUUCCACUGAGUUAGGAAGAACUUGGCCGCAUAUCUAUAUGGGUGGGAGGCACUUGGCUGGUGCAUGGGAAGGUGAUUCUUUAUUUAUUGGUUUUGCAAUGUUUUUCCCCUCUUAGGAGAAAGAAGGCAGGGGAAGAGCUGGAAUGUAAUGAACAGAUAUACGAGUAAAUGAAAGAAAUCAGAAGAGCUAGAAAUUUGACUCUUUGAUGUUAAUUCGACAACCAGCAACUAAUGGACAAAUGAAAGAUCCAAUUUUUGUUGACAAGAA